AUGACAAGCCUCGACGAGCCUAGCCAGGACUGGCCGGCUUGCACGCUGAGCUAUCGCCACUUUCACCUUCUCUGGACAUUGCCUGUCUGUGGCGUGCUCUUGGUGAUCGCUCGGCCAUUCCUUACCAAACUCGACCGCGCCAAGCUCAUCUUGCUGCCUAUCAUUGCAUUCGUAUGGACAACGCCAUGGGACAAUCUCAUCGUCCGCAACCGUGCUUGGUCCUAUCACCGUCACUGUAUUUGGUUCACCAUCGGUUACGUACCCAUCGAAGAGUACUUUUACUUUAUCAUCCAGAGCCUCAUCUCAACGCUCUGGUGCACGCUCAUCACACGUUGGACCCUGCCUAAUCUCUACCUCACGCCUUCAACGCCUGCACGAAGGCCACUAGCUCCAUUCGCCGUGGCUACGUGUGUGGUAUGCUUUGUGCUCGGCCUUCAAGCAAGCGUGCCAGCCACACAUACAUACUACUUUGGCAUGAUCUCUUGGUGGUCUUCCAUGCCGCUGGCUCUGUUGCUCUGGGGCUCGAUCGACUUUGUGCGCAAUAUGGGCGUUGGUGCUGGAUUCAUUCCAUUCGCAAUCUCGGUGCUCGGCCCUACAUUGUAUCUGUGGAGCUCCGACAUCUAUGCGCUGCGCAGAGGAACGUGGCACAUUAACCAAGCUACUUCGCUCAACAUAUUUCCCAUCCCGGAUUUGCCGAUAGAAGAGAUGCUCUUCUUUCUUGUGACCAACGUCAUUCUGGUGAGCGCCUGCUUCACAUUUGACCGCUGCGUGGCCAUCUGCAGACUAUCCGCACCGGAUCAUCAGCCUCCGUUAUCGCCCAGCUACCUUCCACUCGGCUCGUUGGCUACAUAUACCAAGCUUUGGGCUGCUUUUGUUCGCUCGGAUCGGAGCUCGCUUCCCACGAGCUGCGCAUCGGCAAGCGUCGAGCCGCAAGACCUAUCUGCCUCGCUUCAAGUGCUGCGCGCCGCUUCCAAGUCGUUCAACGCGGCAAGUCUGCUGCUGCCGUGGGACCUUCGCACCGACCUAGGCUGUCUCUAUGCUUUUUGCCGCGUAGCAGACGAUCUGGUGGACGACCAUGCCCAAGAGCUGCAGGCCAAAGCCAAGAAUCUCGACGUCGUUCGAGACAUUGUCGACGCCGUCUAUGCAGACUCAAUAGUGGAUCGCAAGCAGCAUCUGUCCACGCCGAUCGGCGAACGCCUCCGCAUUCUGCUUGCAUCGGCCGCGCUAUCCGACAAGAUCAAGCAAGACACUCGCGCGGCAGCAACGUCCAUAGCACCGCUCACGCAAUACAUCCCCAAACGGCUCUGGUACGAAAUGCUGCAAGGCUACUCUGCAGAUCUGCGCUUCCAACACCAGGAUGCGCGCCAACGCACGCGAUUGCAGAGCAUGGAUGAUUUGGUGGAGUACUCGCAGUGCGUGGCUGGAGUGGUGGGAGAGAUGUGUAUCCGAGUCAUCCUCGGACGGUGUGGCUCGACGGUACCGUUGGAUCUUGAAGUGGAUCGCAAGAUUGCUCUGCGAGCCAGCAAGACGAUCGAGCAAAGCAUUAACGUGAAGCCACUCGAUCUCAACCGAACCGCGGAUGUUCACACUCUUCUGUACGAGGCAAGACGCAUGGGAGUGAGUCUACAGCUCGUCAAUAUUGCGCGCGACGUUGUGCCGGAUUCGGUCGAGCUGCGUCGGUGCUACCUUCCAGCCGACAUGUUUGACAAGGAGGAGGAUGACGGCAUGUACGAAGCCCUUCUCAAAGGCCGAGUUGCUCUACCAAGGCACGCAAGCAAGCUCGUGCACGGCGCCGAGGAGCAAGGCGUAGUGCGGCCGCAAGACGUGCGCAAGUAUGCGCUAAGACUGCUCGAGAUCUCGCAACGCCUGUACGACGAAUCCUAUCCUUCGCUGCGUCAGAUUCCCAACCGCCCAGCACGCGCAGGCCUGAAAGCGGCGUGCUCCGUGUAUGCUGCGAUAGGCAAGCGCAUCCAAGCGCAAACCGAAGACGAGAUCAGCUCAGGUAGAAGAGCGCGCAUGUCGAAUCUGGAUCGCAUCUUGCGCGCCAUCUCAGCCGUCUACUUUGACGUCUGA